AUGAUUGAUAUUGGUCUGAUGGGAUUUGAGGACUCUGCUGUAUCAAUUGCAGAUCAGAAUCUUACUAAGGUUCUGAAAAGGCAUAUCAUAUUUGAAGGGUUGGUUGGAUUAGUAGCUCUGUGGCUGACUGGCUGGGGCCUGGGGGCUGGUCAUGGAAGUUUAUUGUCAUGGCUUUCAACUUUAUUUGUCCCAUUAUUUUGUGAUCUCGACCCUGUUAGAACUGAGAAAAUUGGCAACUACGAAUUGGCCAAUAGGUUUCUCAAGAUGAAGCAAAUAAAGGAGGAAACUGAAAUUGGUAGUGCAAAAACAACUCAGGCGACUCCGCCGCCUCCUCCUCCGCCACUGCCGCUUCCAAGGUUCUGGGUUAAGAAGACCAUUACAGAAAGCGUGACAAACCAAGAGAUUGCCAAAUUCUGGAGGCAGAAACGCAUUGAUGAAGAGGAUCACCUCCUUGCUGCUAUCAAGGCUGCAGCUCGUAUGAGGGCCCGCAAUCUUUCAGAGGAAGACUACAUGCGGUUUGAAGAGUCUUUGAAGGAUGAGGACGAAUAUGCUAAGGAGAACAACGCCAGGGCUGCUACCAAUGACAGCAAGAAGGAUGAAGAGAACAAUGAAAUUCGUGUGGGAAUAAAGGACUGGUGGACAAAAAGCAAGUAUGCCUACUUAAACCAACCAGCCAUCGAGUCCCUGGAUCCUUCCAAAAGAAAAACUUCCUCUUUCAUCCCCAAUUGUUUGUCUUAUAAGCCAACUCCCCUGUAUCCUACCACUCUUGGCGUGUUUUAGACCAUUGGAUCUGCUUCAAUUGAUUGCAUUUACUUUAUGGGGGGGAAUAAAAAUUGUCGGUUGUGCUUGGUCUGUAUGUUUUGCUUAUAGUUAUGUUCUUUUUUCUAAGUAUGCUUGCAUAUCUUGUACGCUUUUAGACAAAUCCCAUAGAAUUGAAUUGGGAUGUUACUGUAAAAAGCAGUCCCUGAUUUAGUUGUGUGAAAGCAUGUAAAGCUGCAAAGUGCAAGAUAUAUAUUUUCCUUUUCUUAUA